AUGGGCUUGUUACAUUUCCCACCCAAAGACGCUGAGUUGCCGUUUCAGGUCGACUUGGAAUCUUUCAAUUUUUCAGAUCACGUGGACGUGUUUAAGGGAACCUUCCCCGACGGUGGAGUCUACCGUUUGGUGCGAGGUGAAGCAGGCACCAUCCGUGUGUCGUACGGAUCCGUCGAGUUGGUCCCAAAAGUUUUCGAAUCAUACGGCCACAAAGACGUCUACGUCGAAUAUUUUGUGCGCGGCGACGAACGUGUGAUCCGGUUGUUUGCCUUCAUCGACCGCCAUGGCCACCCCGCUGGGUACCGAACCAAGACGUUCCUCGUCAACAGCAACGGGCCGGUGGAGUGCGACGACCACGCGGUAGAGAGCUUUGCCUGCGGACCUAUUUCUUUGGACCUGAACAUAACUCCCAACACACCCAUGCAUCCGUUUGUGGAGCGCAAGCUGCUGCUGGACAAUGGACUUUUCGGCUUCGUGUACACGCUGGCGCGUAAGCACCGAGGCUUCGAAAUAUACCCGUGGCGCAACUACUUCAAGCACCCAUACAAGAUAGGUUCAGUCUAUUACACACUGUUCACCGACGAGGGUGUGGUACCCGGUACGCAGCCCCUGGAAGCAGACUCCUACCUCGUGAGGGCCUUCAUAAGCGACGAUCACAUCGAAGUGCACGUGCUGAAGCCAAAAUCGGUGAAAACGUUUAACAUUCACCCAGUUCGCAGUGCAGAAUAG